GUGACCUAGCGGGGCUGCUGCAAGGUGUCCUUUGGUCUGGCCCGGCCCGGCCUGGCUGGCCCCACCAGACCUGGCAGAGCAGGCUGGGCACAGACCGCAGGAGUGAUGCUGGGGCAUGAGCUGGGCUGCUAGAAACCACCUGGAAAGUUUUCUCCUCUGCAGAAGAGGCAAGAAUUUGCAGUCUGUGAGACAAUGCCAAGAGUUAAAACUUGUUAAAAGGGAGGGAGUAAGAGCUUCAUUACUCGGAGGAGUGAGCUGGCUGAUGUCCCGAACUAGCAAGAGAAGCUCUUCCUCCAGGGCCUGAGAGGCCAGCGCGUGCAGCUCCGCCUGAAAAGAGUGUUUUGAUCUCACUCCCUUGAGGGCUGUCGUUUCAGACUGAUCAAACAGCCAAAGCGUGGACUGAAAUCUGAGGCAAGCAUGUGGCUCUAUCUGGCAAUCUCACUGGCACUGUUCUUCUUGAUCCGAUGGUACCUGGAGAGACAGACAGUGGAGAACCUGAGGGAGAAAUAUGUCUUCAUCACUGGCUGUGAUUCUGGCUUCGGCAACCAGCUUGCCCGGCAGCUGGAUUUGCAAGGCAUGCGGGUCUUGGCAGGAUGUUUUACCCAGAAGGGAGCUAAGGAACUAGAAAGACUUGCAUCUGAACGGCUGAAAACCUUCAUCCUGGAUGUGACCAGCACAGAGAGUGUUGCUGCGGCAACAGAGUGGGUGAAAGGCUGCGUGGGCAACAAAGGGCUCUGGGGCCUAGUGAACAAUGCAGGAAUUGUGCAUCCUGCAGCUCCCAAUGAAUGGCUGACCAAACACGAUUUUGUGAAAGUGCUUGAUGUCAACUUACUUGGUCUGAUUGAUGUGACUCUACAUAUGUUGCCCCUGGUGAAGAAGGCCAAGGGAAGGGUGGUCAACGUGGCCAGCAUCCUGGGUCGGCUGGCUUACUACGGAGGAGGCUAUUGCCCAUCUAAAUACGGGGUGGAGGCUUUUUCUGAUAGCCUGAGACGUGAGCUCUGCCCUUUUGGGGUGAAAAUAGCCAUAGUAGAACCAGGCUAUUUCAGAACAGGCAUGUCAAACAUCCAAAUAAACCUCAACAAUUUGGAUCAGAUUUGGACCAGUGUUCCACAAGAAACCAAAGAAAGCUAUGGCCAGAUAUAUUUUGACAAAUAUCGCAAGGCAUUCCAAGAUUCACUCUCAGCUUGCUCCACAGACCUGUAUCUGGUCACUGACUGCAUGGAACAUGCCUUGACUUCCAAGCACCCCCGGACUCGCUAUGCUGGAGGCUGGGAUGCCCAGUUCUUUUACAUCCCACUGUCUUAUUUGCCCACAGCAUUGGCAGAUUUUGUGCUGACAAGGUCUUCGCCAAAAACUGUUCAGGCUGCACCAUAAGGGUAGAGCAGAAAAUAGUGGAUGGUUUAUGAACUUGGUAUGAAGAAAAGGUUGUGUUCUCUCUCUCUCUCUCUCUCUCUCUCUCUCUCUCUCUCUCUCAUGCUGGACAUGUACCUUGAAAUAAGCAGGUGCAGAUACGUGUCUGAGGGAUUAUAGGUCUCUGCUGCCUCUUUUCCUUUGUUUACCAUACUGUGAAGUUAAACAAAGAUCUUGAAUUUACAACAAGACUAAUAACUAAGUACUUUUAAAUAAAAUUAUGCAUUUCUACCCCAUGAAAGUCUACUAGUCUACUGGAAAGUCUGCUAAUAAUUGAAAUUGACUUUUUGUUGUGGUAUUUUGGGUCAACUUCAAUAAACCAAGGGGACUAUUCUGUCAAUUUUGCAAUUUGGUUACAUACCAUUCUCUAUCUUGUGAAUCAAAGGGGUUUUUUUAAAUCCUCAGCUUCUUUAUUACUGUAUAAAAUAUUAAUUUCUCUUACAUAAAGUUAAAAAAUUUAAUUUUUUUUUACAUUGGAUAUCUUUUUCUAAUUGCUCAGUAAGGAUGUAUCUGCUCAGUUUUAAGGCAAAACCCAGCAUAAUAGCAUGCAUCAGUAGUUUGUUUCAGAGUUGUCUUGCAAAAAUAAAGAUGUUUUAAUCCA